UUACGGUUUUUUCAUCAUGAACAUUUCAGUGUGUUUUUUAGAAAAGAGCACGCAGUUUCUUUAUGGAAUCGUGCUGUCCUGGCACGGUCGCACGGAGAUUCUUGUGCCAAUGCUGACCUUUGUCCAUGACGGAAGAGGUACUUCCACCAACAUCCUUAUCUUCGCAACGCACGCUCAUCUAGCUUCACUUCUUCUAAACACAAUUUGUUGUACUUCACUGGCGACUUGGCGAGUUUCUGGACCACUUCAUGAUCGCUUCCGUCCGCUGUUACACACCUGCAGUCACUCACCACGGGAUUAUGCCCAGAGAAGACGUCGAGAAGAUGGAUUUUCUCAUCUUUAACAAUUGUCACCGGAUUCCGUCGGAUGUUGCCCCUGCUCCUGGUGAGAACGAAACUCGGUGGAAUCGCGACCGACACCGAGACUUGUCAGCAACGUGGAUCAUCGUAUUGUUGGUAUUAUUGCGUUUGUGUUAGUGUUAGUUAACCGGUUGGCUGCCACGCCUUUGUUCUC